AUGACAUCGACCGAGAAAGAAUUGCCUCGACGAGAGCGCAAGCCCUCCGUGGGAGCUCCCAUUGCCGAUCUGCAAGGUCCCAUUGGCCCCGGAUUCAGUCGUCCCAAGCACAAGCGAACUUUUACUGGCUUUGGUGCCGCGGAGAUCAAGAGUGUCGAGGCCAGCAUUCCAGAACCAUUGCGUGAGGCAUGGCGCAAGCAUUCGGCGUCUGAGUUUACCACUAAAGAAGAAUUCGAGGUACAUUACCAUAGCUCCCACCCACGAAGAGAGAAACGAAGAGGGUAUGACGAGAUCACCAAGUUGACAUCUUGUUUCCAGAGAGAAUUUGUCCGCCACGUGGAGACCACGCUUGCUCGCUCCUUGUACAACUGUGAUGAACUGGCGGCGUACUCGGGAACCGCACUCGCGUUCCGGGACCGACUGAUUAUCGAGUGGAACAAGACCCAGCAGCGCCAGACUUUUACCGACCAGAAGCGUGUCUACUAUCUCUCGCUCGAAUUCUUGAUGGGUCGUGCAUUGGACAACGCGAUGCUUAAUGUUGGAAUGAAAGACGUGGCUCGAGAUGGUCUCGCCGAUCUGGGCUUCCGAGUUGAAGACGCAAUCAGUCAGGAACACGAUGCCGCGUUGGGCAACGGCGGCCUGGGUCGUCUGGCCGCCUGUUUCUUGGACAGUAUGGCUACGCUCAAUUAUCCGGCUUGGGGAUACGGACUGCGGUAUCGGUACGGAAUCUUCAAGCAGGAGAUUGUCAACGGGUACCAAAUGGAGAUCCCCGAUUAUUGGCUAGACAACAACCCGUGGGAAUUCCCUCGACACGAUAUCACGGUGGAUAUCCAAUUCUACGGCCAUGUGAAUAAGUACCAGGACGAGCAUGGCAAGACGUGCCACUCCUGGGAAGCCGGCGAGACCGUCCAGGCCGUUGCCUACGAUGUUCCCAUCCCCGGCUACCGGACUAAGACGACGAACAACCUCCGACUGUGGUCCAGCAAGGCCAGUAGUGGUGAAUUCGAUUUCCAGAAAUUCAACGCUGGUGACUAUGAGAGCGCAGUGGCCGAUCAGCAGACCGCCGAGACCAUCUCCGCGGUGCUGUAUCCGAACGACAACUUGGAACGUGGUAAGGAAUUGCGUCUCAAGCAACAGUACUUCUGGUGCGCCGCGUCUCUGUAUGAUAUUGUGCGUCGUUUCAAGAAGACCAACCGGGCUUGGAGUGAAUUCCCCGACCAGAUCGCCAUUCAACUCAACGAUACCCAUCCCACUCUGGCCAUCGUUGAGCUACAGCGUAUCUUGAUUGAUGUCGAGGGCUUGGAAUGGGACGAGGCCUGGCGCAUCGUCACCGGUACAUUUGGAUAUACCAACCACACGGUUCUUCCCGAGGCUCUGGAAAAAUGGUCUGUUCCCUUGAUGCAGAAUCUGUUACCUCGCCAUCUGCAGAUCAUCUAUGACAUCAACCUCUUCUUCCUCCAAUCCGUCGAGAAGCGCUUCCCCAAAGAUCGCGAUAUGCUCUCGCGAGUCUCCAUCAUUGAAGAGUCGCACCCGAAGAUGGUCCGCAUGGCUCACAUUGCCAUCAUUGGCUCACACAAGGUCAACGGUGUGGCCGAGCUGCAUUCCGAUCUCAUCAAGACCACCAUCUUCAAGGACUUUGUUGAGAUCUAUGGGCCAGAUCGGUUUACGAACGUCACCAACGGCAUCACUCCACGCCGUUGGCUGCACCAGGCCAACCCGGCGCUGUCAGCACUCAUUGCGGAGAAGCUCGGUGGCUAUGACUUCUUGACCGAUCUCACCCUGUUGGACAAGCUCGAGGCGUUUGUGGACGACCAGGAGUUCCGGAAGAAGUGGUCCGAUAUCAAGGCAAAUAAUAAGCUGCGACUGGCGCGACUCAUCAAGGAUGUGACCGGAUACUCCGUCAAUCCCCAAUCCCUGUUCGACGUGCAGGUGAAACGAAUCCACGAGUAUAAGCGCCAGCAGCUGAACAUUUUUGGUGUGAUCCAUCGCUAUUUGAAGCUCAAGGCCAUGUCUGCCGAAGAGCGGAAGAAGGUGGUGCCCCGAGUGUCGAUCUUUGGUGGUAAAGCCGCUCCGGGAUACUGGAUGGCCAAGUCGAUUAUCUAUUUGAUCAACAGUGUGGCCGCCGUGGUGAACAAAGACGAAGAGAUUGGUGAUUUGUUGAAGGUCAUCUUCAUCGAGGACUACAAUGUCAGCAAGGCAGAGAUUAUCUGUCCGGCUUCUGACAUCAGUGAGCACAUCUCCACGGCCGGUACUGAGGCUAGUGGUACGAGCAACAUGAAGUUUGUUCUGAAUGGUGGUCUGAUUAUCGGUACUUGCGACGGAGCAAAUAUUGAAAUCACUCGUGAGAUUGGCGAGCAGAACAUUUUCCUGUUCGGCAACCUCGCGGAGGAUGUCGAGGAGUUGCGUCAUCGACACUUUUAUGGAGGCUUCACACUCGACCCACAGCUAAAGCGUGUCUUUGACUCGAUCAAGUCAGGCACCUUUGGCGAUGCGUCGUCGUUUGCGUCGUUGAUCGCUUCGAUUGAAGAGCACGGAGACUACUACCUUGUGUCGGAUGAUUUCAACUCUUAUGUGGAGACUCAUGAGAUGGUCGAUAAGGAAUUCCAGAACCGAGAGGAAUGGUUGGCCAAAUCGAUUACUAGCGUUGCACGCAUGGGCUUCUUCUCUAUGGACCGAGUGACGAACGAGUACGCCGAUAGCAUCUGGAAUGUCGAGCCUCUCAACGUGAAGGACGACGCCUGA